CGAUCUUGUAGAUUUCUUCCACUAUCCUCGCAACUUCGCACCUGCAAGAUCGAAACGCAUCGAAAACCGUAAAACUUCACCAACCCCCCACGCUUCGCGCUCUAUAUCUUCACGAACCUUACUGUCAUUUUACUAAUCGCCAAUCACGGCGUAAAAGCGGAGGAGUCUGUCCCAGAACCCGUGCUGAAGUCCUCUAUGGAGUCUACGUUGUACAAAAUUGCUCAAUUCGUCCACACUGGGACGAGAACAAGAAGAAGGAUCACAUAGGAACGAGCGUCGAACAUACAAACACAUAUCGAACGAACAAACAACAACCAGCAUCAUGGGCAACAAAGCCAAAUCGCCCGAUGAGGGGCACGCGAGUGGACAAUCGAAUAAGCCACUGUCGUUGCCGCCUCACAGUCUUACUCUCACCCAAGUUGUGGACGAACUGAGCACCGAUACCUGGUCCGGACUUGACGAUGCCGAAGCCAAACGUCGCCUUGAGAACUAUGGCGCAAACGAUCUUGGAGAAACCGCCGACGUGUCUGUGGUCAAGAUUCUAAUUGCACAGGUUGCUAACGCGAUGACAAUGGUCUUGAUUCUCGCUAUGGCUGUCAGCUUCGGAAUCCGAUCGUGGAUUGAAGGUGGAGUCGUCACCUUUGUCAUUCUACUGAACAUUGUAGUUGGCUUUUUCCAGGAGUGGUCUGCCGAGAAGACCAUGGACUCUCUCCGCUCAUUGAGUUCUCCCACUGCGCGAGUCAUUCGUGGCGGACAGCAGUCAACGAUACCUUCUGCCGAGAUCGUGCCUGGAGACGUCAUUGAGAUUAAGACCGGCGACACUCUACCGGCUGACAUCAGGGUCUUUGAAGCGGUUAAUUUCGAGACGGAUGAGGCCCUCCUCACCGGAGAGUCAUUGCCUGUCCGCAAGAAUGAAGACGCUACCUUUCCCGAGAAGACAGGCCCUGGAGAUCGUCUCAAUGUCGCCUAUAGCUCAUCCAAUGUCACGAAAGGUCGCGCCAAAGGUGUGGUCUUUGCAACCGGUGUCUACACUGAGAUUGGUGCCAUUGCCUCCCAACUGCGAGAAUCAGAAUCCAAAGUUCGUCCUGUCAAGAAGCGUGGACCAAACGGUCAUGCAAAGCCACAUCGCUACCUCGAAGCGUACACACUUACAACUACUGAUGCCAUCGGUCGCUUCCUGGGUCUCAAUGUUGGCACACCGUUGCAGAAGAAAUUGUCAAAGCUGGCCAUGCUCCUAUUCGGCAUCGCUGUUCUUUGUGCCAUCAUCGUUCUUGCGGCUAACGAAUUCAACGCGACCCAAGAAGUUAUCAUCUACGCAGUCGCGACAGGCUUGUCUAUGAUUCCAGCGAGCUUGGUCGUCGUUCUCACGAUUACUAUGGCAGCCGGAACUAAGAGCAUGGUCAAGCGCAAUGUCGUCGUCAGGAACCUGAAAUCCCUGGAAGCGCUGGGAGGUGUCACAGACAUCUGUUCCGACAAGACUGGAACUCUGACUCAGGGCAAGAUGAUAGCUCGUGGUGCAUGGAUACCAGGCGUUGGAACGUACACCAUCGAGAACUCUACUGCACCACAGGAUCCAACAAUCGGUGAUGUCCGUUUCCACCUGGAAUCACCAAGUAAAAUCAACUUGAAGGCUGGCGGUGACGCAUGCGGUGAGCUUGUGGGCUUGGAGAAGCUCCAGCCAACUGCAUCAAAAGGUCUGGAAGAGUUCCUGAACGUCGCUUCAUUGGCGAACUUGGCUGCGGUCAAGAAGAAAGACGAUGGCAACUGGGAAGCUCAUGGUGAUCCUACCGAAAUAGCCAUCCAGGUCUUCGCAGCUCGGUUCGGACUGGACCGCUCACGUAUGACCAAAGGGGACACCGCUACUUGGGAAGACCUUGUAGAGCUCCCAUUCGACUCGGAUGUCAAGCGCAUGUCGGUCAUCAUGCGACACUCGAGUGGUAAAGCACAUGCAUUUACCAAAGGUGCUGUCGAACGAGUGAUUCAGAGCUGUACAUCAGUCACCACCGAUCCUGACGAGUCUGGAAGCAUCACCGAAGAGUUCCGUGAAGAAAUUCUACGCAACAUGGACGCGUUAGCCAGCCUGGGGCUUCGUGUGCUGGCCUUGGCUAGUAAGCCGUUCGAGGGAAAGGUCGAAAAGGGUGCUGAUGUUGAACGUGCCCUCGUCGAAAGUAACCUUGUCUUCCGGGGCCUCAUUGGGUUAUAUGAUCCUCCACGACCCGAGUCAGCUCCAGCUGUGCGCCAAUGCCACGAGGCAGGUAUCGAAGUGCACAUGCUUACCGGUGACCAUCCUGAGACGGCGAAGGCUAUUGCAAUCGAAGUUGGCAUUCUGCCUUCUGUAGAGCGUAUGCAACGCAUCUCCCAAGAUGUCGCGAAGUCAUUGGUCAUGGCCGCCUCUGAGUUUGACAGUCUUACCGACGAGCAAGUGGAUGAGCUCCCAGUUUUGCCGUUGGUAGUCGCUCGCUGUGCCCCUUCGACGAAGGUUCGCAUGAUCGAAGCCCUCCAUCGGCGUGGUCGCUUUUGUGCCAUGACUGGCGAUGGUGUCAAUGACUCACCAUCCCUCAAGCGUGCUGACGUCGGCAUCGCUAUGGGUCAAGCUGGAUCUGACGUUGCCAAGGAAGCAUCCGACAUCGUCCUUACGGAUGACAACUUUGCCUCAAUCCUCGCCGCUAUCGAAGAAGGCCGUCGCAUUUUCGACAAUAUCCAGAAAUUUGACCUCCACGUCCUCGCCGAAAAUGUCGCACAGGCCGGCACCCUUCUUGUUGGUCUAGCUUUCAAAGACAGCACUGGUCUGUCUGUAUUUCCUCUUGCCCCUGUACAGGUAGUAUGGAUCAUCAUGGCUACAUCUGGUAUGCCAGACAUGGGUCUUGGCUUCGAGCGCGCUGUGCCCGACAUUCUUCAACGUCCACCGCAAUCUCUUAAGACUGGCAUCUUCACCUUGGAGUUCCUGGUCGAUAUGGUCGUGUAUGGCCUAUGGAUCACUGCGCUCUGCUUGUCCAGCUUCACACUCGUCGUUUUCGGAUUCGGCGAUGGCAAUCUUGGCGUUGGCUGCAAUGAGAGCUACAACGAAUCGUGUGAACUCGUCUUCCGCGCGCGAGCAACAACAUUCGCAUGCUUGACGUGGUUUGCACUAUUUCUGGCCUGGGAGAUGAUCGAUAUGAGGCGCUCCUUCUUCCGCAUGCAGCCUGGAUCAAAACGCUACUUCACGCAGUGGAUCAUCGACGUUUGGCGUAACCAGUUCCUCUUCUGGGCAAUUGUUACCGGCUUUGUAACGUUAUUCCCGCUCAUUUACAUCCCAGUCAUCAACACCGUGGUGUUCAAGCACGCGCCAAUCGACUGGGAGUGGGGCGUUGUAUUUGUCGAGGCCGGUUUAUUCUUUGCGGGCGUAGAAAGUUGGAAGUGGUGCAAGCGUGUAUACUUCCGACGCAAAGCUCGUGGGUCGCUUGGUGUUGAUUAUAAGAACAUGGAAAUUGAGGAUCGCAUGUUUGGUCGCUACUACACAAGCGACACUGUCAUGUCAGAUGACACAACGAAAGAGAAGGUUUAGAGGCAAAGGUUGUUGGGAAGGUCUUCAACCGACCAUAGUUGCUGGGCUCGAGGAUUCAACUCACUCGGGUGUUUGGGUACAAAAGUGUUGCUUUGCGUUAUAAGAAAUUGACUUCUGCGUUGCCUUCAUUAACUAAUUAAGGAAAUCAAACCUUAGUCACUCCUU